AUUCCAAUCUAUCUAUUCAUAAACAAAAUUUUUUUUUUUGUCAAACACAUAAUAAUAAUCUUAAUAAUAAUUUACUGGAUUCUUCUUCUUCAGCUCCAAAACCCAAAAGACCUAUCUACUUAUGGCUGGCCAAAAAAAUGACUUCGGGAAGAGAUCCUAUUAUCAAUCUGAUCAGCAUAGUGGUGGAGGAGGUAAGAGAAGAAAUCCGGAAGAGGAUAGAGAUUCACAUGCUAUCGGGCCAGAAGAUACUGUGUACCGUUAUCUCUGCCCUCUUGGAAAGAUUGGAAGUAUCAUUGGGCGAGGUGGGGAUAUCGUGAAGCAAAUGAGAGAAGACACUCGCGCCAAGAUUAGAAUUAAUGAAGCUGUGCCCGGAUGCGACGAGCGUGUGGUCAUGAUUUAUAGUUCGAGUGAUGAAACUAAUUGUUUUGGAGAUAGCGAUGAGUAUGUUUCACCUGCACAUGAUGCUCUAUUUAUGGUUCACGAUAGGAUUAUUGCUGAAGACACUCCACCUAUUGAUGAUCAAUAUGAUGAGCCUCACCAAGUUACAGUGAGACUUCUUGUGUCUGCUGAUCAGAUUGGAUGUGUAAUUGGAAAAGGAGGACAGGUUGUUCAAAACAUACGUAAUGAUACCGGCGUUGAAAUUCGAAUUUUGACCAGCGAACACUUGCCAGCGUGUGCAUUGAGUUCUGAUGAGGUUCUGCAGGUAAAUGGUGAUGCUGCUGCGGUUAGGAAAGGUUUGUUUCAAGUCGCACGUCGACUUCAUGAUAAUCCAUCACGUUCCCAACACCUACUUUUGUCAGCAUCCAAUCUUCAUAGGCCUAGUGCUAGCUAUGUGGCUGCACCAUCUUUGAUUGCGGCUCCAUAUGGAGAUUGGUCAGCAUCUGCAAAGGAAUUCUCACUUCGUUUAGUUUGCCCAACUGAGAAUAUUGGUAGUGUGAUCGGUAAAAGUGGUGUAAUUAUCAAGCAAAUCAGGCAAGAAACUGGUGCAGCGAUUAAAGUUGAUAGUUCAGCAACCGAGGGAAACGAUUGUCUCAUAACUGUAUCUGCAAAGGAGGUCUUUGAUGAACCAUCACCAACAAUUGAUGCAGCAUUGCGGUUGCUACCACGAUGCAGUGAAAAACUUGAAAGAGAUUCUGGUGAUUCAAUUCUCACCACACGUUUAUUAGUACCAAGCUCACGAACCGGGUUUUUGAUAGGCAAAGGUGGUGCAGCUAUUUCUGAAAUGAGAAAUUUAACAAGAGCAAGCAUCCGUAUACUAAGGGAUAGAGAUCUCCCAAGAGUUGCGGCCCGAGAUGAAGAGAUGGUUCAGAUUACCGGGGACGUUAAAGUUGCAAGCAGUGCUCUGCUACAAGUAGCUAUGCGGUUAAGAGCGUAUGCAUUUGAGAUGGAAGGAGCUGUAGUCACACUACCUCCAGCUGAUCCUUAUGGUGGGUAUGUCGGGCCCCAGAUUGCUGGAAGUCCUUAUGGAGCAUAUGGCGUGUACACCGGGCGUAUAAAGCAAUAAUCACAUCUUUUAUACUGUGUAAACUGGGCUAUAAGCUAUGUGUUUUUCUUGAAACUGUGUAACUUGGACGGCAUUUGUAAUAGGAAAUUCUUUGAUUUCUAUUUAAA